CACAUCCUGCUUAUCAAUAAUUGAGGCGCGCGCCGGCGAACAGACGGAGCUUCCCCCCCUCGCGCGCUGCUAUGAGUGCUGCUGUCCGUCCGCUCGGCGCGCGACUCUCCCUCUGUGCGUUCUGGAACAGGAGCCGCUGACAGGUGAGACAGGAGGAAGAGAACAGGUGUGACCGGGACUGGACCGGAGCGAAUGUGUCCGGGUUGGAGCUUACUUUUACUCUAAGAAGAAAGGAGCGGCUCCUGCAAGUUUAAACUUCUGUUUUUUGUUUUUUUUUCAUUAAAGUGGAACUAUUUGGUUGUGUUUGUGGUUCGGCAUGUUGGCGCUGUGCCUGCUUAGUGCCGCCUGGCUCGCUGCUGGCCCGGUUAGAGCUCAAAAUGAGACCGAGCCCAUCGUGCUGGAGGGGAAAUGUUUAGUGGUGUGCGACUCCAACCCGACUUCAGACCCGACGGGCACCGCGCUCGGCAUCUCGGUGCGCUCCGGCAGCGCGAAGGUGGCUUUCUCUGCUGUCCGGAACACCAACCAUGAACCCUCUGAGAUGAGCAACCGGACCAUGGUCAUCUACUUUGACCGGGUUUUAGUAAAUGUUGGGAGGAAUUUCGAUGAGGAACGAAGUAAUUUCAUCGCACCACGGAAAGGAAUUUACAGUUUUAACUUCCACGUAGUCAAAGUCUACAACCGCCAAACAAUACAGGUGAGCUUGAUGCACAACGGCUGGCCUGUGAUUUCAGCAUUCGCUGGCGACCAGGAUGUGACGCGUGAGGCUGCCAGCAACGGAGUUCUGAUCCAGAUGGAGAAGGGAGACCGGGCCUACCUCAAACUGGAAAGAGGAAACCUGAUGGGAGGGUGGAAAUACUCCACCUUCUCUGGCUUCCUGGUGUUCCCAUUGUAGAGAGGAAGGAGAUCAGAAGGAGCAGGGGAUGGAGAGAAAGGAGGAGGCGCCGCUGGAAGAUGGAAAGUUCAGAAGAAAAGAAGGACACACGAUUUGGAAGCAGAAAAGAAUGAGAAAAGAGGAGGCUUAACAACAAACUUCUGUUUGUACAGGAGGAAGAGGGGGAGAUGUUUGGGGGAUUUGAGAUCAGGUUUAAUUCUAGGGAUAAGAAAAGCUGGUGCUUGAGAGAAAAUGGCCACCGUCCUCGCUUCAGUCCCUCCUUUCAUCCAUCCCUUCAUCCAACAUAUCCUCUCUUUUUUUUGUGGCUUGACUGCAGCUUUGGACAGCCAGAACUUUUUUUAAUUCUCUGCAGAUAAUUUUAAUGUGUCAGAUUAUAAAAAAUCUCUCCUUUCCUCUUGACUCCUUCCCCUGUCAUUCAUCAACACCCUUUAUUCAUUCAUCACCUUCAACAUCAACUUUGAAGAAUGUUUCUUAAGCUGCUCCUCCAAUGCUCCUAUUUAAUGUAGCCAUAUUUGUCGCCUUUUUGUUUUCUCUUGCAUGACAAGGUUUGAUCUUGGUUUCUGAUUUGUUUUCCGAAUAAAAACUGAACUAGAAUUUUAUUUAAAAUAACAGGAAACACAAACCUCUGAUCAUGUAUCCAGCCUGAGGAUAUUUCCCCUCCUUUUAGACGUAUUAUUUUUUUAAAUAUAAUUUUUGGCUGUAAUUCAACUGUUAAAGGUCAAUCAAACUCAUAACUUUAUUGUCUUUUCCUGCCAUCAGAGGGUUGUAUUAUGUUCUGGACAUCACAGAACUAAAGUUUUAAAAAUUAUUUUGGUUUUAGUUUGUUACCUAAAUGUUUUGGAUCAUUCAACACAUUUUUUUGAUUAGUCAGAUGACCUAGAAAAAAAUACAAAAAAACAAAAAAAAAUAUUUUAAACAAUUUCAUUUAUAAAAAAAACAACUAUUUAAACCAACCUGACCCAAACAGAAAAAAUAAAAAAGCACUUUGUUUUUAAAACCCUGAUUUCAGUGUAGCCAACAACACGUGAUCACAGAGCCUGAGAAAUAGGAAAUCUAUCAUUGGGAUCCGUUUAAGAGCACUGAGUUGACUAAAUCUCAGUAGCCAAUACACUAGUUACAACCUGAAGAUGAGAUGGGUACCAAAAGUCAAGAAAUGCAUCUAAACAGCCAGGAGCUCAGUAAAGAACCUUAACAAAAACAUCUAAAGGAUUCAACUUGCUAAAUUAAGGUCAAAGUUCAUGUUGGAAAAAUAAAAAAGAGAGACUGGGAGAAAAUGGCCUCUGUAGGAGAGCUCCAAGUCCAGAACCACUGCCGACUCAAAGCGCCACGUCUCAGUUAUGCCAAGAAAAAUCAUGAUGAUCCUUAAGACAAUAUUCUGUGGGCUGACAGGUCAUAAGUAGGUCUUUGUGGACGUGCAUCUUAUUGCAUAAGUUGUAAAACAUGCAGCAUUUUUGAUGAUGAAUGCUAAGCUACUCACAUGGUGUUAGUAAAUUGGUAUUGCUUUGCUGCCUCAGGACCUAGAUCACCAAAUUUAAGUCAUGGAACUAGGAAUUAUGUUCUUUAAGCCGAAUAUCUGGAGGAGGACUUUUAUCCAUAGCACCUUAUCAUGCACUCAUUAUCAGUUAUUGAUAUAGAGGGCAGGAUAACUAGCUGUUAGGUUUCUGUGGUUGCUUUUUGCAGUAUUUUUUAUGUAUAUUUUUAUUUUUAUUUUUUUCCCUGUAAUGAAAAAUUUGAAUUAAAAAUAGAAUUUUUAGGUUAAUUUGUCGAUAUAAUACAUUUAUGUUUAAAACACGGCAUAAUUGAGAAAACUCUAAGGAAGAAAAUACUUUUUGGAUCUCUGUGUGGAAUGAUUAGUUUUACAGGUUACCUUUGAUGAAAACCUUAAAAACAGUUCCUCAGAAAAUUUAAAUUACAUUAAAAUAUUACAUGUGCCAUAUAUAUAUAUAUAUAU